AUGACGACUUCACUGGUUCUGCAUCCACGCUGGGCGGACACCUUGAUGUACGUUUAUGAAAAAAGCCCGAAUGAAAAUAAUCCGAUUAAAAACCAAACAAUGGAGGGACUGAGCGGGAAUUGCCCGGCGACCCAUUGCAGGGACCUGAUGUCGCACCCCGGGUUGGGGCGACAUUCUGGCACUAUAGCGUCUCACCAGGGCUCGGUGUACUCGGAUAUAUCUUCCCCAGACACCGGCCGACAGUGUCCUGCUCCCCAAACUUCCUCCAGUGCAUCUCUGAGCUACGGUUAUCCGUUUGGAAACCCUUAUUACGGUUGUAGGUUAUCUCACUCGCACAACGUGAACUUGCAGCAGAAGCCCUGCUCGUACCACCCUGCAGAGAAAUAUGCCGACCCCCACACCGCGUUGCCUACCGAAGAGGUGUCUAGCAGGGCGAAAGAGUUCGCCUUCUACCCCAGUUUUGCUAGCUCGUACCAAGCGGUUCCUGGAUAUCUAGAUAUGUCUGUGGUGCCCGGGAUCAGCCACCCCGAACCCAGGCACGACGCGUUGAUUCCUAUGGAGGGCUACCAGCACUGGGCUCUGUCAAAUGGCUGGGAUGGGCAGGUGUACUGUUCCAAGGAGCAAACACAGUCCACUCAUCUUUGGAAAUCACCAUUUCCAGACGUAGUCCCUUUGCAGCCUGAGAUCAGUAGCUACCGUCGUGGACGUAAGAAGCGGGUUCCCUACACCAAGCUCCAAUUGAAGGAGCUGGAGAAAGAGUACGCUGCCAGCAAGUUCAUCACCAAAGACAAGAGAAGACGCAUCUCCGCCGGGACCAACCUCUCAGAGCGCCAAGUCACCAUUUGGUUCCAGAACCGACGGGUGAAAGAGAAGAAAUUUGUCUGUAAAUCCAAGACUAGUAAUCACACGCCUACUACUUGA